UUGCAGGGUGGGAAUAACGCAGGCCAUACUGUGGUUGUUGAUGGGAAAGAAUAUGAUUUUCACCUGUUUCCUAGUGGCAUCAUUAAUGCAAAGGCAAUUUCUUUUAUUGGUAAUGGAGUGGUUAUACAUUUACCAGGCCUGUUUGAAGAAGCUGAAAAGAAUGAAAAGAAAGGCUUAAAAGAUUGGGAGAAAAGACUGAUUAUAUCAGAUAGAGCACAUAUAGUGUUUGACUUUCACCAGGCAGUAGAUGGGCUCCAGGAAGUGCAACGUCAAGCACAAGAAGGAAAAAAUAUUGGCACAACAAAGAAGGGGAUUGGACCAACAUAUUCUUCCAAAGCUGCACGAACAGGCCUUCGAAUUUGUGACCUCCUUUCUGACUUUGAUGAAUUUUCUUCAAGAUUUAAAAAUCUGGCACAGCAAUACAAGUCAAUGUUUCCCACAUUGGAAAUAGAUAUAGAAGGACAAUUGAAAAAGCUAAAGGGAUACGCUGAAAAAAUAAGACCCAUGGUUCGAGAUGGUGUGUAUUUUAUGUAUGAAGCUCUUCAUGGCUCCCCAAAGAAGAUUUUAGUUGAAGGAGCCAAUGCAGCUUUGCUUGAUAUCGACUUUGGCACGUAUCCUUUCGUGACUUCAUCCAACUGCACCGUGGGCGGCGUCUGCACCGGGCUCGGAAUUCCUCCCCAGCACGUCGGCGAUGUGUACGGUGUGGUGAAGGCCUACACCACUCGGGUGGGGAUCGGAGCCUUCCCUACCGAGCAGAUCAAUGAAAUUGGAGAUCUUUUACAGUCCCGUGGCCACGAGUGGGGAGUAACUACAGGCAGAAAGAGACGCUGUGGCUGGUUAGAUCUUGUCAUUUUGAAAUAUGCUCAUAUGAUCAACGGAUUCACUGCUUUGGCGUUAACAAAACUGGAUAUUCUUGAUGUCCUUGAUGAGAUUAAAAUUGGCAUUGCAUACAAAUUGGGUGGAAAAAGAAUUCCGUAUUUUCCAGCUAAUCAGGAGAUACUGCAGAAGGUGGAAGUAGAGUACGAAACGAUGCCUGGGUGGAAGACUGACACAACCGGUGCACGGAAAUGGGAGGACCUCCCACCCAAGGCCCAGAAUUACAUCCGUUGUGUAGAGAACCAUGUUGGAGUGCCAGUUAAAUGGGUCGGAGUUGGAAAAUCCAGAGAGUCGAUGAUCCAGCUGUUUUAAACAAAUGAAGAACUUCAGUGAUGAGAAGCACGAUGUAGUGUUCACCUGUUCCUUACUGCUUCCUCUUUAAAUGGAGAUGCUAUUUAAAACCAACACGUUCUUCUGGGAAUUGAAUAAAAACAAAACACAUAUUCUGUAUUGUAACAUUUUAUUUAUCUUUAAGUUCUCAGUAAAUUCAGUGUAAAAUUUC